AAGGAGGGGAGAUGUUGAUGUGUUGUUGGGGUGUUUGAGCUGAUCUUUGAGAUAGGAUAAAGGAUUGUUGUAUAUAUUGUGUAUGUUUUUUGUUUUUAAAAAGUACUUGAAUAGCUUCAUCUCUCAGCAUUCGACUCCAAGUGCGCACUAUAAUCACUUUUACUGACUUAAUACCAGAAGGGAGCAAAGCUGCAAAAUCUGCCUCACAGCAAUUUACAACCAAACAAUGCGUCAAAAGCAAUCAGACACCACUGCUAUUGGACACAGAAUACAUCACUUCCAUCGAUCUGUCUGUGUCAUGCAAUACUUCCUGAUACCAUUUGAGGUCGGAUCACAAAACCAAUAGAAAUAGCCAUCAACAUGUGUCAAAAUAACUGGGAUCAUCUUUUGUCUAGAAAAUGUAUCUUCUACAAUGUUAGUUUUUUUUCUGUCUAUUAAGGGAGAAUUAGACUGUUAGCCAAUACUACAGUCUCUCUUCUCCUCAGCCCCCUGCUACAGCCGGACAUAGAUCGUUAUCUCUCAACUGUUGCUAUGAUGAGACCAAUUGUGAAACUGCACGCCAUGUGAACUUGGCUCAAGGUAAGAGGGAGAGCAGGCACAUCGAAGGAGAGACGGAGACAUCAGACAGAGGGAGAGGUGCGGAAGAGGAGGAAGUGAGGAACAAAACUAUGCAAAGAAACCCCAUGCACAGAGCAUGAGGUGGAUAGUUGGAAAAGAUUAGAGAGGGAGAAGACUGCAUUGUAUUAGCUUUUUUAAUUCUGUGAGGGCCUCACCCCUGGUUUCCUGCUGCAACAUUAUUGACUGGCAUUAGCGGGAGAAGCUAAACGGCUGUAACCUAGUGUAGUACUGUCAUGCCCUGCACUACCAUGGAGAAUAAAACUUGCCUUCCAUAAAGGGAUCUUUCUUACUGCACCAUCUGGAUGUCACUGGAAACAUGAGGUACAUUCAGAAAUGUUAGUCUGGCUGGUCUAGGACCAGUCCACAAUUGAUAUUUACCAAAAAGCAGAAGUUUUCAUCGAAUCUCAGACCAACUUCCUCAACAUGCUGGCUUGGUGUUAGCAUCAUUUGCUUUGCCACAGCAAGCCUUCACCGGGGUGUUUUGAAGUAAAACAAUUGGUCUGAAGAAGCUCUGAGAAUGAUGACCAUGUCUGUGCUGGCCACCACCGGACCAGAAAGCGGCGUCUCCAUGACCCAGCUUAUCCCCAUCCCCACACUGAACAUCCUCCCCCCGUCCUCAGACACCGAGGCCUGGUCCUGCUCUCCCAGCCCCCAGCCUCCACACCGCCGCCGCCGCCACCCUCGCCCCCACUGGAGCAGAGCCCGGACCAAGAAGAUGAGUGACGGAGAACAAGAAGGGUCACCCAAACCCCGGUGGGAAGGCACUGAGGAGGAGAGGGUGAAGGGGAGCACUACUCCUCAAAGAAGCCCCUCACCUCUCCCUUCACCCCUCUUGGCCCCCCAUGUGGAGGACGCGGUCCUGGGCCCUUCCCUGGACCUCUUGCUGCCCCCGUCGUCUCGCACCUCCUGGUCACGUAGCUCGUCUCUCGGCCGGCGCUCACGCUGGUCCCUCAGGAGUCUGCUCAGCAGGGAGGCUGACUGGGACAGCUGCAGUACCGCCAGUAACUCUCCCCGCAGCACCCCUGGCAGCUCCCCCUCUCUGCGCCAGCGGGUGCUGGGGGGUAGUGGUGGGGGUGGAGGCAGGACCAGCGACGCAGAGGGUGGCCCAGGGGAGCGCAGCGGGGAAAGGAGGGGUUCGGACAGCCCCCUGCCAUCCUCCUCCGCUGCCGCCUCCGCCUACCCCAUCGCCUCACGCCAUUUCAGCCGCAACGCCAAGAAAAUGCAGAGCUGGUACAAUGUUCUCAGUCCCACUUAUAAACAGCGCAAUGAGGAUUUCCGUAAACUCUUCAAGAAGCUGCCAGACACGGAACGCCUCAUAGUGGACUACUCGUGUGCGUUGCAGAAAGACAUCCUACUUCAGGGGCGACUCUAUCUGUCAGAGAACUGGCUCUGCUUCUAUAGCAAUAUCUUCCGCUGGGAAACCACUAUCACAAUCCUGCUGAAAGAUGUGACCACCCUGACCAAGGAGAAGACUGCCAAAGUCAUCCCCAACGCCAUUCAGAUCAGCACUGACCACGACAAGCACUUCUUCACAUCUUUCGGGGCAAGGGAUCGCAGCUACAUGAUGAUUUUCAGACUGUGGCAGAACGCACUGAUGGACAAGCCUCUGUCCCCAAAGGAGCUGUGGCACAUAGUCCAUCAGUGUUACGGCACUGAGCUGGGCCUCACCAGUGAAGACGAUGACUAUGUCUCCCCCACCGCCGAGCACAUUAACGGCCUACUGCCAGUGGAUGAGUCAGUCUCUGUCUCUGACCUGUUGGACCUCAGUUCCUUGGGGGCCAUAGCUUCUCUGGGCAGCUCGCCCCACUCCUCCAUGGCAGCCUUGUUCCCCAGUGGCCCCCUCCUAGCCAGCGGUGGUCUGGGCUUCUCUCCCCCCUCCUCCUCAUCCACCUGUCUGCCCAUAGACAUCCCCGGCAGCACCUCCCUCGACCCCCCGGAUCCAAGCCCGCCCAGCUCUCAGAGCUCCCUGCCCUCCACCACACACUCCACACACACCGCCUCCUUGUCCGCCCCCGCCUCGGCUGCUGCCUCUUUCUAUGUGGAGGAGGGCGGGGACAGCCUGUUGGAGUCGGCCAAUCACAUGAUGCCCCCGUCUGCCACCAGCCUGGGAAACCUCUCCUCAUUGGACCAGCUCACCAAUGAUGACGAGCUGCCCACAGACCCCAGCAACUCCUCAGACACACAGGAAGAGGACGAGGUGGAGUCGUUCUGUGCAGACCUGGCUGGCCGGCUGCACAUCAACAUGGUGGUGCGCAUGAGCGUGGACAAGCUGCAUGACCUGCUCUUCUCCGCCGACACACACUUCAUCCAGCAUCUCUUCUCCCAGCGCCACUUCACAGACCUGUCAGUUAGUGAGUGGCAGCAGGACAGCAGCAGUGGGAAGACCAACCGCAUCCUGAGUUACACCAUCGCCAUCAACAACCCCCUGGGCCCCAAGACCGCCCCCGUAGUGGAAACUCAGACGCUGUAUAAGAACAGUGCGCCGGGUGAGUGUUACGUGGUGGACUCUGAGGUCAUUACCUCGGGCAUCCCCUACCAGGACUACUUCUACACCGUUCACCGCUACUGCCUCACCUCCAUCAACAAGAACAAGAGCAGACUCAGGGUGUCAUCAGAUAUCUGCUAUAAGAAGCAGCCGUGGAGCCUGGUGAAGGCACUCAUAGAGAAGAACACCUGGAGCGGCAUUGAGGAGUACUACAGACACAUGGAGAGUGAGGUGUGUAAGCUGGAGACCCUGCUCCAGUCGGAGGUGUCAGUGGUGACCUCUGGGGAUGCGGUGGGGGCAGACGCUGCCAAGACACCCCCGGCCCUGCGGCGACGCAAACGCACCUGUUCCUGGCGCCAGGGGGACCGGGAGAGAGAGGGAGGGGGCGCGGGAGGUGGAGAGCACGGGGACCGAGGGAUGGGAGAGGAGAGGAGAGAGGCGGGUGGUCAGUACAAGCAUGGAGAGCGGUCGCGUGGAGGAGGCAACCGCAUCUCUACCAUACUGCUCAUAGUCAGCUUCAUGAUCUGUGUCAGUCUGGUGGUGUUGGUGGCUCUCAACAUGCUCUUGUUCUACAAGCUGUAUUCUCUGGAGAGAGCUGCACACACGCUGGAGACGUGGCACUCCUUCUCUCUGUCUGACAGUCCCCUACCCCAGUCUGCAGGAGAGUGGGCCCAGGUGUUGCAGCUCCAGAGACAGUUCCACCAGGCCCAGCUGGGCAAAUGGCAAGAGAUCCUCCAGUCCUCAGUCACUCUGCUAGACCAGAUGAAACAGUCAUUGGAAAAGCUCCACCGAGGCAUCGUCACUCCAGAAGUCCAGCAGGAUCCCCCCUCGAACCCCACUUCGGAGUCUGUCACUGAGCACUGAGCCUCCCUCCCUCCACCCUCCAGCCCUCACAAGCCCUCCAGUGGGUAAGAAUAGACCACAGGGGAGAGUGCCAGGGGGGAGGUGUCCAGAGGGGGAGGGUCCGGCUGGGCCAAUCAGGGAGAGUGACUCUCUCACCCGACCCCAAGCUCCACUCCUGCUUCUCUACUCAAAACAGACAGGGAGAGAUGUGGGGGGAGGAGCACGUGGAAGUGGGAGUUACCUGUAGGGGACCUACACUACCCAUAACUCCUCACGCCUCAGUCUGAGCAACCUGCAAUGGCAAACUUCCACCUUCUCUCACAUCCAGACAGACUGGGAAUCUCUUCAGGACUAUAGCAAUAACAUACCAUGAUGAGCCAACCAUAUCUCCCACAGUCAGGGCUAAAGGAUGGCCAGUUUGUAUAGUACCAUCCGCUCCUCACAUACAACCAACCAUGCUGCACUCCCUGAACCAUCUCCCCUGCCUGAGAAUCCAAGACACAUUUUGAAAAUGGGCGGCUGCUUUUCAAAAAAAGACAGAGAGACGAUCUGCUGCUGCAUUUCAGAUGGACAGACCCCGGGUCCAACGCAUUUCAAAAUUGACCGACUUGACUUGGACUGACUGCAUUUCUUAAAAUGGGCCAACCCGGGUUAAUGUUGCAUUUCAAAAUGGGCCAACCCGGGUUAACGUUGCAUUUCAAAAUGGGCCAACCCGGGUUAACGUUGCAUUUCAAAAUGGGCCAACCCGGGUUAACGUUGCAUUUCAAAAUGGGCCAAUCCGGGUUAACGUUGCAUUUCAAAAUGGACUCUGACAUUUGGGAAAUUGGGAGCUUUCCCAGCCCUGGGAACCAGUUAUGGCUCUGCUCCCAGCCGAAGCCAGCCUAGGGGACUUAUGUGCCUCGGUGUGAGGGGUCCGCUCAACUAUGUCCCCCUUGAGCCUGGGACGAGAUAGAAACAGGAGAUCUUCUGUAAUCCAACUCUUUUUUUUUUGUUCUCUCUCUCUCUCUCUCUCUCUCUCUCUCUCUCUCUCUCUCUCUCUCUCUCUCCCCAUCUAUCUGGGAUCAGCAGCUUCCAUCUUAAAGACUUGAUCCCUGACAAAGGCAGCAUGUCCUCUGCUAGGGGGAGAAUCAUUUCAAAACAAGACACAUUUUUUUUUUCUACGUGAAUAAUACAGAAAGACUCCUCCUAAAUCCUCUACUAGCUCGUUUUAAUCAUUAGGUGUCUUUUUGAGGGUGACUGGGUCGUUUCGAGAAUUGAGAACGAGCGAAUGAUGUGUGGGUGGCAGACCAUUACAGUAUUUAUUUAACACGACUUUGAUUUCAAAAAGUCCUGUCCCACUCUCAAUACGAGUGAUUUUUUUUCUUCUGUGUGCUUUGUGCUCUGUGUUAAUACUUCAGCACGGACCAAGAAAGAGCUAUAAAGUGAAAAUUUGAUAUUUACUGGUCAUGGCAAUAAUGAUAUUUGGUGAUUAUACUACUUUUGAAUGUGUAAAAAGUAGUAUAUUACUAAAGUGUGUUUAGGGCAAAAUGAGACAAGCAAGCAAAGAUCUGGAGUUGGACAAGAAGACUGAGAUAUGUAUGUAUUAGAAAGAAGUGUCCUCAAUGUUACGUCGUCAAUGUUACAUUUGGUAUUAUUAAGAUUUGUUUUAUUAUGAGUUUAUUUUUGUCUGAGACUUUUUGUUUGUUUUCGCACUUGGUCAACUUCUAAUUGUAUUAUUGGAUCGGACUUGAACUGUUUCAGGGUUACUGACUGUAGACUCUGUACACCAGCUGCGUCCCAAAUGGCACCCUAUUCCAUUAAUAGUGUAGUGCACUACAUAGGAAAUAAGGUGACAUUUGGGACAUAGACUCUGUAGACCAGGUAAACAUAGAGAUGCAAUAAACUAGUAAUUUUGUAAUGGGAACUGGGCUGGACUUAAAAAGGACCAACCAGAACUCUAGGCCUGGAUAAAGAUAAAGGGAAACUAUUGUGUUUGUGAUUUCAACUUGGUGUUUAUAUGUUAUUCCUUUUCAUUUUAUAUCCUUAUUUUGUAGUCUAUCCUGUUUCUUAUUGUUUUUGUUCGUCGAAAGGUCAUCUAAUUUUAUUUUCUGCCAAUUCCCCCCUUCUCUGACUCCCUCUGUCACUAUCUGUCUAUCAAAAACCUAUCUUCUCUUUUUCUCAUCAUUUCCCUUUCCAUCCCCCCUCCUCUCUCUCUCCUCGUUGUGCUUCUCUCUCUCUCUCUCUCUCUCUCUCUCUC